CUCUUUGGAGUUGCAGAUUUUUGAUCAAAUAAGAAACAAAAAUGGUGGGAUUUGAUGAAUGUCUCCCUCUUUCUCAAGCUGAUCCAGUUAUCUUAGAACUCAACAGACUGCACAACUUGCUCAAAGAAAAGGAGCGCGAAUUGGGAAUUGCUCAAACUGAAAUCAAAGCGCUGAAAGCUGCUGAUGUUUCGAAGGAGAAAUCGUUAGAAGAGCUGGGAAACAUGGUAGAGAAACUGGACAGCAAGAUCAGAAACGCAGAAAACCUUAUUGAGCAAAAGAAUCUGGAUAUCAAGAAGUUAGCAACAGAGAAGAAAGAAGCAUUUGCUGCACAAUUUGCAGCAGAAGCAACUCUUAGGAGGGUGCAUGCAAGUCAGAAAGACGAUAAUUCAGUGCCAAUUGAAUCCAUCAUCGCUCCUCUAGAAGCCGACAUUAGAAUGAACAAAAACGAGAUUGCAGUACUGCAGGAGGAUAAAAAGACUCUAGAAAGGCAUGCGAAGUUGAAAGAAGCAGCAUUGCUCGAAGCCGAGAGAAUUCUAAGAAGUGCUUUGGAAAGAGCACUGAUCGUAGAAGAGGUUCAAAAUCAAAAUAUAGAGCUGCGAAGACAAAUCGAGAUCUGCCAGGAGGAAAACAAGAUCCUAGAAAAAACAAAUCGGCAAAAAGUUUUAGAGGUCGAAAAGCUAAGUGAAACCAUCAAAGAACUCGAGGAAGCCAUUCUAGUAGGCGGAGCUGCUGCAAAUGGUAUUCGUGACUACAGACGACAGAUUUCGGAACUACAAGAGGAGAAAAGAACAUUAGAAAGGGAGCUAGCAAGAGCAAAUGUUUCAGCCAAUCGAGUUGCGACAACGGUCGCUAACGAAUGGAAGGACAAGAACGAUCAGGUUAUGCCGGUAAAGCAAUGGUUGGAGGAAAGGAGGCUUCUGCAGGCAGAAAUGCAACGGCUAAGGGACAAAUUGACCAUAUCAGAGAGAACGGCUAAGAGUGAAGCACAACUUAAAGACAAAGUGAAACUGAGACUAAAGACACUAGAAGAUGGAUUAAAGCAGUCAACUUGUGGAUCACCGAAACUUGAGAAAUCAAAUCAUUUUUUUGGGAUUCUAUCAAGUAACGGAGGAAGGAAGAGAUCCAUGUCACAACCAAGAGGGGGCUCAUCUACAAUCUCACAGAAAUCAGAUGUUGACUCUCAAAUAGCACAUGCUUCAGGUGAAAUGAGACAGGUGAAUAGUGUAAAUAAGAAACAUGCAUCUGGAGAGAAUUUGUUGAAGAAAAGUUUAUGGGCUUCUAGGAGUAAGGUUGUUGAUGGAGGAGAUGAAAAGGAGAACAAUGAGAUGAUCCUAGAAAAUACUAGUGGUAUGAAUCUUAAUAAGUUUAAGGAUGAAAGAAGUACUGUUUUAAAAGGUAGGGAAACAGCAAGUGGUGGCAGUGAAGAACGACAAGAAAGGGAUUCUAGAUCUUCUACAGAUGAUGUGGUUUCAGGGUUUUUGUACGAUAGGCUUCAGAAAGAGGUGAUUGGUUUAAGAAAGUUUUGUGAGAUAAAAGACAACAGUUUGAACGUGAAAGAUGAGGAAAACAAGAUGCUGAUGAAGAAGGUUGAAAACUUGAUAAAAGCACUAGAAGUAGAAUCAAAGAAGUGGAAAAGAGAAGCAACCACAAGAGAUAAGAAUUCAACAUCCAUAAAGACAGAGGAGAACAAACCAGUCAGAAAUUUAAACUCCUCCAAAAGUUUCAGCGCUGGAAAAGCAUCUUGAAGGUUCACUUGAUGGAUAGAGUAUGAAGGGAUGAUGCAGAACCCGUUGGGGCUUGGCAACUUAUUGUGAUUAUUAUACUGUAUGCAUAUCAUUACCAUUACGAUGCUGCUUAGAAAUAACUUUCCAUGUUUGGGAAGAUCUGUAACUAUUAUUUCAACUUUUUGCGGGUGUUCUCUUGUAAUUUAUUGUGAUUAUUAUACU